CAUUUAAUUCGAAGUGUACGAACUCGUGGACAUUUGUUUACAAUUCAAAAUUUUUCUUUGCUGAAAAAAAAAUCUUUUUAAAAUGCCUUCUACAAUAGAAAAUCGAAUAGCUAACGUUGGUAAAAUCCUCAAUGAUAACAAGAGACCAAUGAAGGAAAGAUUUCGAGCAUUAUUUACACUCAAAAACAUCAAAGGUGAACUUGCGCUAAAGUAUAUUGAAGAAGCAUUUUCUGAUGAUUCCGACCUCUUAAAACAUGAAUUGGCAUAUUGCUUGGGACAAAUGCAAGAUAGAGCUGCAAUACCAAUUCUUAUAAAGAUUCUUGAAGAUGUAGAACAAGUUCCUAUGGUACGACACGAAGCAGGAGAAGCACUUGGUGCCAUUGGACAUCCAGAAGUUAUUGAUAUUCUUGAGAAGUAUUCAAGUGAUCCUGUAAUUGAAGUCGCUGAAACAUGUCAAAUUGCUUUGGACAGAGUGAAAUGGUUGCAAAAGCAAGAAGCUCUUAACGAUAAUAAUCCAUAUGCAUCCGUUGAUCCAUCUCCCCCUCUUGGAAUUCAAAAAAGUGUUGAAGAUUUGAGAAACAUAUUAAUGAAUGAGGAAGAAAAUCUUUUCGAUCGUUACCGAGCUAUGUUCAGUUUGAGAAAUAUGAGAACAAAAGAAAGUAUUUUAGCGGUUUCAAAAGGCUUGAAGGGAAAAAGUGCGCUUUUUCGACAUGAGAUUGCAUUUGUUUUGGGACAACUUCAGAGUGAACAUUCAAUUCCCUAUUUGGUAGAAAACCUUCGUGAUCCAUUGGAAAAUGAAAUGGUUCGUCAUGAAUGUGCUGAAGCAUUGGGAUCAAUAGGCACAGAUGAAUGUGUUAAAAUUCUAAAUGAAUAUCUUUCUGACGAAAAACGAGUGAAAGAAAAAAAUAAAGUGAAAAUGGUUUUGACGAGUCAUAUAAGAAAUGCAGUUAAAAGAAUUCCUAUGAUUAAAUUUAGAAGUGGAGGUAAAAAUCAGUCAACCGAAGCCGCACCAGCCACAACAGUUCCUUCUGCAGCAGUAACAUCAGCAAAACAUGCUACAAGUGGACCAGCGAUUGAAGACUGGCAACUUCCAAACCGAUAUCGUCGGCGUCCGAUUGAUGAGCAGGAAAUCGAUGCCAUUAACUCGGGUGGUGCUUAUUGAACAAUCCCAACAUUUAUAGAAUCUUAAUGUUAAUCAUUUAAAGAGAAAUCGAUAAAUAAACUGCUUUCAAGAAAUCAUGUACAUUAUAUUUCAUACCUUAUUAAGUUUUUGAUUCUAAAUAUCAAAGUUCCCAAAAACGAAGAGUCUUUGAUUAAGUUCUUAUCACUAAAGAGUCAAAAAUAAAUAAAUUACAUAAUUCAA